GGCAUGAGCCCGGUAGGCUCGCCCAGACCCCGGUAACCCUGCGGCGUCUCCCCGGUUAAGAUGGUAGCCGGAUCCCCGGAGAACAACAGAAGCUGCUGCGGAGUUCGGCCCACCGAGCCGGAGGACCUCAGGGCCGGGGCCGGGGCGCCUGCGGCGGACUGAGGGCCCAUGGAAACGCCGAAGGAGGACGGAGGCUCGGUUUCUGUGGACCUGAACGAAAACGAAGACGGGCCGGCGGGUUCGGCGGAGAAAGCGGGGCGCAGGACCCAGAAGGAGCGCAGCGGGGGUCAGGCGGCCCGCAGGACCCGGGAUCCGCUGGACCUGAACGGGAGGAAUGCCGCCAGGGACCCGGAGAUCAUGCUGCUGGCUGCGGAGGACGGGUACCCCUCCGGACCGCCGGUGCCGGAGCUUUACGGCGGUCUGAACGGAUUUCCCGAGCCGCCGCUGGACGCAGGAGAGGCGGGAGGAGGAGGAGAACCGGCCGGGCUCCAGGUUCUGGUGUCUGCGGAGGAAGGAGAGCUCCAGGACCGCUCCGUGACUUCUCCUCCCCGCGAACAGCCCCCAUGUCCGGGGAGGCUGCAGGCGGGCCGCCCGGGGGUAAACAUGCCCAACGGCGGGGCGGACCUGCCGGUUCUGGACCAGAGACUGGGCCGGUGGGACCUGGACGGGCAGGGGGGGAAAGUGGCCAACGGCGGGGUCCACAUGUUGGGUUCCGGUUCUGAGUGGCCCGGUUCCGAUUACUUCCCUGCGAACAGAGACACUGACCCGGGCUCCGGGCGGAACCGGCCUCCCAGCACGGCUGACCCCACCCGGGACUCCCCCAGCCCAGAACCGAGGUCCGGUCCCCCGUCUCCCUGCCCCUCCAGUCCGCUGUGGGAGCCCAGCGCCCGGCAGGAGGACCAGGAGGCCCCCGGUGACCCCUGGGGGCCCGGUGACCCCUGGGGGCCCGGCAGGCCGCAGAGCCUCCGGACCCAGCCCAGCGGCGCCGUGUCCCUCAGCUGUGACGCCACGCCGCUGUCCCCUGCAGAGGACGGGGGCUUUUACCUGGAGCCCCCGGCGGCGGUUCUGGAGGCCGGCCGCAGGCAGAGCGCCCCGGAUAAACUGGGCCAGGAGCCCGGGGGCCCGGAGCUCCACGUCAUGCCCAAGAGGUUCGGCAUCGCUGAGUUCUUCACCAGGAGCCUGUUUGCUAGGAAACCCAAAGAGUCCAAGGCAGCGUCCCACAAUGCAACGGGGUGGCGCCUCUUUACCAAGACAGACGGCAGAGAGGAGGAUGCCAGACCAGAGGCGGCGUGCUCAACGGCUCCUCAGCAGCAGGAGGACGAGCAGAAGGACUCGUGUCCACAGCGCCCCCCGGUGGCGGCAGCGAGGAGGAAGAACCUGGAGUUUGAGCCUCUGUCCACCACAGCCCUGAUCCUGGAGGACCGGCCGUCGAACCUGCCGGCCAAGUCUGAGGAGGAGACGCAGCGGCACAAGCAGGAGUACGAGGAGAUGGUGGCAGGAGCCAAGAGGAGAGAGAUGAAGGAAGCCCAGAAGAAGAAGCGUCAGAUGAAGGAGAGACACCGGCAGGAGGACAGCAUCUCCAGCGCCAUGGUGACCUGGAACAGCGAGAUCCUGCCGCACUGGGACUCCAUGAAGGGGACGAGGCGGGUCAGGGAGCUGUGGUGGCAGGGACUUCCCCCCGGGGUGCGAGGCCGGGUGUGGAGCCUGGCCAUCGGGAACGAGCUCAACAUCACGCCAGAGCUGUAUGAAAUCUUCCUGUCCAGAGCCAAGGAGAAGUGGAGGAGCUACAGCGAGACCAGCUCGGUCAACGACAACGAGAGCGACGGAGGAGCUUCGCUGGCCGACAGGGAGUCCAGUCUGGACCUCAUCAAGCUGGACAUCUCCAGAACCUUCCCGUCUCUCUUCAUCUUCCAGAAGGGCGGUCCCUACCACGACCUGCUGCACAGCGUGCUGGGAGCGUACACCUGCUACCGACCCGACAUCGGCUACGUCCAGGGGAUGUCGUUCAUCGCUGCGGUUCUGAUCCUGAACCUGGAGGAGGCCGAAGCCUUCAUCACCUUCGCCAACCUGCUGAACAAACCCUGCCAGAUGGCCUUCUUCAGAGUGGACCACGAUCUGAUGCUGAAGUACUUCACAGCCUUUGAGAUCUUCUUUGAGGAGAACCUGCCGCAGCUCUUCAGCCACUUCCAGACCAACAGCCUGACCCCUGACCUCUACCUGAUCGACUGGAUCUUCACGCUGUACAGCAAGUCGCUGCCUCUGGACGUGGCGUGCCGGGUGUGGGACGUGUUCUGCAGAGACGGUGAGGAGAGUCUGUUCCGGACCGGGCUGGGCAUCCUGCGGCUGUUCGAGGACGUCCUCAUGCAGAUGGACUUCAUCCACAUCGCUCAGUUCCUGACGCGCCUGCCCGACGACCUGCAGCCGCAGACGCUCUUUACGGCCAUGGCCAACACGCACAUGAUCAGCCGGAACCGCCGCUGGGCUCAGGUGUUCUCUGCCGUGAUGAAGGAUGGAAACGGGAAGGAGGCGGAGAAAGCCGGCAGCCCGGCCCUGAGGAGCUAACGCUGCGUUCCAACGCCGUGAAGCUGGACGCUGAAGCCAGAGACCCUUCUGUGGGGGAAACGAGCCGCCAGAACCCGGGUCAUUGGAACCCACCCACGGUUUUCCUGCAGAGGAAUCUAUAGGUUCCUGGAUCUAUAGGUUCCUGGAUCUAUAGGUUCCUGGAUCUAUAGGUUCCUGGGUGUAUAGGUCCCUGGGUGUAUAGGUCCCUGGAUCUCUAGGUCCCUGGAUCUAUAGGUUGCUGGAUCUAUAAAUUCCUGGCUCUAUAGGUUCCUGGAUCUAUAGGUUCCCGAAUCUAUAAAUUCCUGGCUCUAUAGGUCUCUGGGUGUAUUGGUUCCUGGAUCUAUAGGUCCCUGGAUCUAUAGAUUCCUGGAUCUAUAGGUCCCUGGAUCUAUAGGUCCCUGGAUCUAUAGGUUCCUGGAUCUAUAAAUUCCUGGCUCUAUAGGUUCCUGGAUCUAUAGGUUCCCGAAUCUAUAAAUUCCUGGCUCUAUAGGUCCCUGGAUCUAUAGAUUCCCGGAUCUAUAGGUCCCUGGAUCUAUAGAUUCCUGAAUACAUAGGUCCCCGGAUCUAUAGGUUCCUGGAUUUAAAGGUUUCUGGAUCUAUAGAUUCCUGAAUCUAUAGGUCCCUGGAUCCAUAAGUUCCUGGAUCUAUAGGUCCCUGGAUCCAUAUGUUCAUGGAUAUAUAGGUUCCUGGAUCUAUAAAUUCCUGGCUCUAUAGGUCUUUGGGUGUAUAGGUCCCUGUAUUUAUAGGUUCUGAGAUUCCUGGAUCUAAAGAUUCCCACAUCUAUUGAUUCCUGGAUCUGCUGCUCAGAAGUUUAAAGCCUAAAAGUAUUUCUUCCAGUCAGUCGGGGGUUGUAGUCGCGGCUGCUGGUGAGAUGAAGGAUUCAGAGACAUGAACUCGUUCAGCCGGCGGGGCUUGUUGGGUGCAGGUUCCCCCUCAGAGCACUUUAUCCCUGCAGCUCUGGAGCCUGACAGAGAGGAGCCUCCUGACGGGUCGCUCCGGUUCUGUUCAGCCAAAUGACCAGGCUGCAGAGUCGGGUUAGUUUUUAGUUUUUUUGUAUCAGCUGAAACUGGUCCAGCUGCUGGUCCCUGACGGCUGGAGCUGCUUCCUGUCGUGGUUAAACACUAGAAGCUGCAGCAGCCGGUCCGUCUGCAGGGAUUCACCUGCAGCCUCUAGGAACCGGUCCUGAUGCAGCAGCUGAGGCUGAAACCGCAGAAUAAACGUGUUCAGUGUUGGUUUCAGCGUCUAAUAAUGCAUCUUAUCCAAAUAAUGUCCCAGACCCACAAGGUCCGUUCCCUGAGCUGACCCCAGAUCAGCAGGUUCCGACUCGGGGAGUUUCCAUUAAUCUAAACUGCUUCCUGUGUCAGAGGAGCUGCAGCGCCGUUGUUUCUGGUCGGGUCCAGAGACCCGGCGGUUCUGCCAGGAGGGACGUUCUGGUGGACAGUAAGGCCCGAUUCUAAAGGACGGCUGGAUGGACCGUCUGGUCGGGUCGUAGCAGGACCCGAUCGACCCGUUGGGGGAAGUCUAUGUCGACGCAGAGAUCCGGUUCUUUCAGGGUUCCUAAACCUUUAUACCUGAACCCGAAUGGACCGGUUAACCAGAACAUGGGUCAGGCUUUGCUAUCCGACCCAACGCUGCUGAUGGCGGCUCUUUCCAGGUCGGGUCCGGUCCGGGUCUCAGUCCUCAGAUGGUGGAUCUUUGCUUCACGGGUCCGUCUGGGUUCUUAGGGUCCAGAACGUAGAUCCGGACCUAAAGAUCUACAGUAGAAGAAGCUGAACGGGCUGACAGAACCACCGGAUCCACCGUGAGCUGGAACCAGGAACCUUUGGGUCUGAGCGGACAGGACUUUGGUUCUUUUGGGUUUAUGUAUCAACAUUUAGGCCAGUGGGUUCCUGUUCUGGUCUGAUGUUCUGAGAACAUCUCUGGUCUUUAUCUGACCCGACCAGCACCAGGGGAACGUUAAAGGUCCAGUACUUCCAGAACCUCUGCGUGUGUAUAGGAGCGGCUAACGGUUCUGAUUCUGCUCUACCAGAACCUCGUGUUCUCCGCUGCAGCUGGAGAACACAAGUUCUCCAGCUGCAACUCGACCAAAGUCUUGAUCAGGCGCUUCACAGUGAAUGUUUUACGACGAGGUUCUGGACGGGCCCGGUUCUCGCUGGUUUCUGGGUCCCUGCUCUUUAACAAAGACACUAAGUGAGCCAGCCGGUACCAGAUGGUACCAGACGGUACCAGGCAGAACCAGGCAGCGCCAGGCGCCACCAACACUCCUACGUUUGAUGCUUUAAAGUGUUAAAGACUGGGUCCGGUCUGCAAAGUGUUAAAUUAUUGUUUUAAAUUAUUCACAUGAAAUAAAACUUGCUGAGUGGCGUUUUUUUGGAUGAGAUCAAAGAUUUUCUACCGAUUAGAGAGGAACCGGUCCCAGAUCAGUCUGUGUCCCGCCAGGAGAACCGGGUCCAGUCCGGUUCUGGUCUCUGCUUACAGGAUGUUCUAAGCGUCUCCACGUCGGCUUCAAACUAUUCCAGAAACAUGUUUUAUUAUUUAAACCUAUAGCUCUUUUAUUUUAUUUAGCUUCUGUUUAAUGUCAGUGUUUGGCUUUUUUCCCAUAAUGCCUUACUGCCCGUGUAAAUAAUCUGUAAAAAUCUUCUUUUUCAUAUGACAACCACUAGUUUAACGUGUAAAUAAACAUCUAAGCAACGUCA